AAAGGGAUUCCCACUUGAUACUGGUCUAUAUAUAUGCUACAAAUUUUGCCUUUACCACCAAGCAAACGCAAAGAGAAGCCAGGGAAAGUCCUACAAACCCAUCAAAACAACCCUCCAAAUGGCCUCAAUUCAAUGUUGCAAACCAGCUGAGCAAUCAUGCAACCAUGGCCAGCAAAAUGCACUGUCUGAGAUGGUUAGCUCCGUCUUCAAGAAAGAGCAAACCCACCAGGGACACACAACGAGCCACUGCCAAAUCCAAUGCUGUAGCCACACCACAGCCACAGGCCAGAAAAACGAAACUCACUGCUCUUGCCAAACCCUUUCCCGUGGAAUGCCCAAGACCCAGACCGCGUGUGUCAGCCAAACUACUGGUCAUGAAGCCCCUGGACAGGGCCUCGCCCUUGCAACCACUAACAGAACAAAAUGCCAUAGAAAGAGCAGGAGUGGUGAACACAAGAAGAGGGUUCUGCUUCAGAAGAUCAAGGAUGGCAUUUCCGGCCACAGUGACAGUGACAGCAGCAGCAGCAGCAGCAGCGAGAGCAACAGUGAUGAUGACAAGUGCGGAAAGAACAAGAAUUAAGAGAUGCAUUGGCUACGGGGCAGGCAGCAGGAUCAAAUCAGAAGAACAAGGGUUGCCUAUAUCUAUCUAUGUAGUACAUAAAUAACGGAAAAUAAGAAGAUACCUGCAUGUAUGCCAAUGUGAGGUGCAUGUGGGCUAUUUAAUUUCUAGUGAAGAAUGUAGUAGCUCCAUGAUCAUGGUGUGCCUUGUUAUUACGAAUAAAUAAAAGUUCUAAAUCUUUAAUUAA